UUGGCAUUGGUUUCGUAUCCACUUCCUUGCCAACAAGAACUGAGACUAUCGCUGUGCCAUAUAUCCUUAUCACGUUUUUUUUUUUAAAUUGCUUUUCAAGUAUACCAAACGAGCUGACCCAAAAUAUCCAGUUAUACGGUCUCUAAAGUCCUGUGAAGGAGGCGAUGGCAGGAGCAGCACAGCAGGAGGUCCCCUUGAGAGUGGCGGAGCGAGGGGAGGAGGAGGGGAAGGAGGAGGAAGGGGACGAGCUGUCGGAUUCCGGAAUCUAUGAAAACCUGGAAUGGUGGGGCUGCCGCCACACCCUCUGCCUCAUGGGGCUCCUUGGCACAGCGACCGCGUACACCAUUCGCACCAGCCUUUCCAUGGCCAUCGUCGCCAUGGUGGGGAUCAGGGCGCCCAACCACACCAUGGCUGCCAACACGUCCGCGCAAGAUGGCGACGUGUGCCCAAUACCAGAAGACUUUGAUGCGUCACCCAGGCAAGGACUGGAGGGCGAGUUCGACUGGGACGAGCGGAAGCAGGGGCUGAUCCUGGGCUCCUUCUUCUACGGCUACGCCAGCAGUAACUUCCUGGGCGGGCGGGCGGCGGAGUACCUCGGAGGGCGUCUGGUGUAUGGCCUCGGCAUCUCGAUCAGCGCCCUGCUGACCUUCAUCACUCCCUUCUGCGCCAGGUGGGCCAUGGAGGUCCUCGUCGUCCUGCGCAUCGUGGAGGGAUUUGCACAGGGUGUGAUGUUUCCCGCCAUCAACACGAUGCUAGCCACCUGGACGUCGCCCGUGGAGAGAGGAAAAUUCACUACAUUCGUGCACACAGGCAUUCAGCUGGGCAACAUCGCCUCCUUGUCCUUGAGCGGCGUCCUGUGCAGCUCGGGGUUCCUGGGAGGCUGGCCGGCCGUGUUCUACGUGUUCGGGGCGCUGGGCCUCGUGUGGGGCGUCUUCUGGCUCCUGCUGGUGCACGACCGGCCGGAGACGCACCCCCGGAUCUCCCCUUCGGAGCUCCGGCACCUGCGGGCGUGCAAGAACAAAGUCAAGAGCGACGUGUUAGUGCCUAUUCCUUGGAGGGAGAUCGCGAAGUCCCCUCCUUUUUGGGCCAUUUUCCUCAUGAAUUGGGCCAGCAGCUAUGGCCUCUACACUCUCAUGGCUGGCCUUCCCACUUACCUCAGGAACAUUCAGCACUUCAAGAUGUCUAGCAGCGGCCUGGUGUCAGCGGCCCCGUACCUGUCCAUGUGGAUAGUUAGCAUUGUGUGGAGCGUCAUCCUGGACCGUCUGGCAGCCAGGAAAGUCAUGUCAGUCAAAACAGUCAGGAGAGUUUCCACGGCCUUCGCCUCCUACGGCCAGACAGCCUUCCUCCUGUGCCUGUGCCUGGUGGAGUGCAACCACGCGCUGGUGAUCGGCCUCCUGUGCGCGGCGGUGGGGGCGAGCGGGACUCUCUUCGCGGGGUACAACUCCUCCCACCAGGACAUCGCCCCCAACCUGGCCGGCUCGCUCAAGGGCGUCACCAACACCUUCGGGUCCGUGGCCGGAGUCGUCGCGCCGGCCGUCACGGGAUACGUCACGCAGGGCAAUCAAACCAUAGGCGCCUGGCGGGUCGUCUUCAUCGUCACCGCUAUCACUUAUUUCGUCAUGUGUACCACUUACCUCUUUCUCAUGACGGAUAAGGUUCAGCCGUGGAACGAACCCGAGAAAAAGACAACAAACAACGGAGACCGGAAGUGAGAAUCAGCUGACGGGGCAUCUAACAGGGACGGUAAUCUCCUAUGAAGAUUUCAGGAGCUCAACCGUCUGAACAUGUUUUCGCCUCUGAAGAUGAAUCCUUUUGUAGCUCAGCUGAUAUUCAGUUGGCUUCAGAUCUGACAAUAAAUAGUUACGUUAUUCUUAGUA